CAAGAGUUUCGGGUUAUAAAAAUGUCAUGUCAAAUGCCAAUUAUUGAGUCUACAAACUAUUUGUGUACAAUGAAAGAUUUCACGUAUAUAAUCUGUCGUUUAGCCUUACGUGCUACGAUAAAAUUAUUUGUUACGAGUUUCCGGUGAUUGCAAGGUCGACCAAAUCGGAUAUGAAAUACGUAAAAGACAGACUUAAAGAACCCUUACGUCCGAGAAAAUAAUCGUGUUCCAAGGAUAAUGCGCGAAACGGUAUAAUCUUAUAUUACGUCGUUAAUCAUUCUUUCUUGAUAUUCUUCCUGUAAGCCAAAUAUGUCUGCUCCAUGCAAUUACAAAAUAAGAAGAAUGGAAAAAGAGACAAAAAGUGAACAAAAAAAACUAUCACUAAAUUGAUUCAAGGUUUGCAUUACAAUGACGAUGCAUAAUCCCACUUAAUAAAGAGUGCGAUGCCGUUCCAUCGGUGUGAUUAUAGAAAUAAAUUUACACAACAAACGGAAUUAAAUCGAUAUUGCAUUGCGCAUUAAUGCAAUAUAUACACCAACGAAAACUCGACGGAUCUCGACGCGAUAAUAAGAUAGUCGAGAAGAAAUGAGGAGAUUUUAAUCUUGGCGAGCGCGGUAUGCUCAUCUUAUUUUACUCACCGCGCUAUUUGUCGACGGAAGAAAUUCAUUAACGCGGCUUCGUCCAUCAUUAUUCGCCAGUACAGAGCAAAGCGCAUCGUCGGCAAAUUAGCGAGACGGCAGGUGGUUUACAAAACGCGUAAAAAAAGAAAGUCUAACUGUCUCUCAUCUAUUUUCUCGAAAUUUCUUCCUGCCAUGAGCAUCUUCAUGUACAUCCAAAACGAAUAUCAAGAAUCGUCGAGGGAGAUUACGAAGCAAAAUGUCAUAAUGGCACGUACGGAGAUUGCCCAUCAGGAGACGACGAAGGAUCGGAAUACCUAUGAAAUCAGUAACAAUAAAACUUAUUUGAACAACGAAACUCUGCUUUACAAUGUAUCAUCAAACGAGGACUAUAUCUUUGACAGGACUGAUGUAAAAGUAAUUUUUAUUACUUUAUACACUAUCGUAUUCGUCUGCUGUUUCUUCGGUAACCUGAUGGUGAUCUUUGUUGUGACAUUCUCCCGACGAUUGCGCAGCAUCACGAAUUUCUUCUUAGCGAAUCUGGCGGUGGCUGAUUUUUGCGUGAGCAUAUUUUGCGUUUAUCAAACACUCACCAAUUAUCUAAUGAACAGCUGGCAACUAGGUGACUUUCUCUGCAAGGUGUAUAUGUUUGUGCACGCGCUCUCCUACACCGCCAGCAUACUAAUCCUUGUGGUGGUGUGCACCGAACGUUAUUUGGCUAUCGUUCAUCCUAUUAAAUGUCGAUCUAUGCUGACCAGGAGUCGUCUCAGAAUAGUGAUAGGUAUAGUAUGGAUUUCAGCGGCUGUGUACGCUUCGCCCAGAUUUCUUUACGUCGAAACCAUCAGCAAUCGAUUGAAUACCGGCGACGUGGACAUCAUUUGCAUAGCUAAUAUCAAGAAGCACAACAAGAAUGUCCUGGAUAUGGUGAACCUCGUCUUUCUCUAUCUUCUGCCGCUUUUUCUCAUGUGCUGCUUGUAUACGAGAAUCGCCGUCGGUCUCUGGAGAAGCAGUGCUACUCUUGGAGGAUCCGGUCUGGUCGCUAGAAGUAGCAAUGGCAGGAUCCACCACAUUCACACGUCCAGUAGAAACAUUUUGAGGGCGAGACGCGGUGUUAUCAGAAUGUUGAUCGCCGUGGUGAUGAUGUUCGCCAUAUGCAACCUGCCGCAGCAGGUGCGCAUCGUCUGGCGACAUUGGGGCUCAAAUUACGAUCACACGUCGGAUUUCAGCACUCUGCUGACUGUCUCGACCUUCCUCAUCUCGUAUAUGAAUUCCUGCCUGAAUCCGCUGCUAUACGCCUUUUUGUCGCGCAAUUUUCGCAAAGGUAUGCGCGAGCUACUGCGUUGCAAGGGUGCUAGGAGUCGUAGCGGCGCCCUGGCGAUGAUGUAUACCAGCGGCGACCAUACGAAUCGUCAUGAAAACGGCGUAAGCAUCAAUUUACCACACAGCUCUGUCGUCCGACUGAGCUCCGUCCAGGACAGCCCAUGCACCACGCAGACCAUCACACGGCAAAGCAUUUAUGGCAAGAACACUUAAUAAACUACGACGAUUCUCGACAAGGAUAGAGAAGCAUCUUUACGUAAAAUAUUCCAGGGGAUGGGAACUGACAAGAUUUCUCUCAGGACGCAGACGCGCGAGCGCCUGCAAGAUUUUUCCAGGGAAUCUAUUUCGAUACAAUCUAUCAGAAAAAAAUGGAAGAAAGUGUUUUGCGUUGAAAAUUUAUUUAUAUUCUAAAACUCUUUGAAUUUGGAUAAGCUGAGAUGUUAUUCGCGGAUAUAAAAGGUAGGGAUAGUCUGGAGCACCCUAUAUAUGGAUAGACGUCGAAUCAGAUAAACGUUUCGUGAUGACAAGUUAUUUUCUUCGGCAUAUUGGAAAUAUUUUUAUCGCACCUCAAGUAUCGAGGCUUUAUUUUCGAAGCGUCCCAAAACUCUAAUAUCAAAUUGAUUUUCAGAAAAUAUCGAAUUUAAGACAACAGAUCUCUUUCAAAAUCUGAUUUACCUUGAAAAUUUGCUCUUCACAAUCUUAGAAAGUGCGAAUAUUGUAUUAUCUUAAUCGACACAGAACUCGCAGCUCAAUUUCUUACUGAUGCGUGAGACGUUGUAAUAUUAAUCUUGGCUCACAUACAAUCGUUGGAAUUGCCACGUUUCGGGAACAAGAUACCUCGAUAGUGAUAGUUUUUACUGCACGAGAGAGAGAGAGAGAGAAAAUUUUGCUGAAUUCUAGUAGUCAAGUAGUGUCAGCGACGUUCAACUUUGUGUGUAAUCCGUAAUAGCAAAACUGCACAGCAAAACUGAAUAACGGUGAGCUUAAUCGGAUCUUAUUCAGAAUGCAUUAUUCCCCUUUCUAUUCCCAUUUUUUGUCUCUCAAUGCAUAAACAAUAUAAACAGAAACUAUUGUGAGUUUUGUUUUGUACUCGCUCGGUUUAAUCUGCAUCUGAAGUGGCAACAAGAAACUGCAUUGCGCAAUCGAGAAAUGAUCGAUACCUGUAUAUUUAUAUUUAUAUUAGAAUAUUACGUGUAUUGAAUAUGAGUAAAAUAUCAUAAAAUUUUUUUGCGUUAUAUAGAUAUCUUUUGAUAUUUCGUUUUAAUUAUUAUACAUAUACGAAUUUGUCUUUUUGACAUAAUCCUGUUUUAGUUUCUUGAAAAUAUUUUUCAGUUCUUAAGUUUUAAUGAAAAAUCACAAUUGUUAUUAAACUUGUAAAAGAAUCCACUCGAAUAACACACUGAUCAUCCGACAAAUUAGCUGCCGUAUAUACUUAAAAAUUAAAAAUCAUACUAAAUACAAAA